AUCAUUCUUCUCUUGCCGGACAGCAACACGCCUGCUAUUUCCUGUUCUCAGAACUGUGAUCGAGUUUGUUUUAAAUUCAUUUCUCAGUCAGAGACAGGAGAGAUCACAGCCAUGGUGUUCUGCUGUUAUACCAUUGCCGACUGUAGACUGAUUCUGGCUCUUCUGUUGGCACCAGCUUUCACUGGAAGUAUGACCAGCAACACCACCCUGUACCAGUUUAACCCAACCAAGGAACCAGGCUCCACUUUAACACCAGGAUCUCAUCUCCGUCUCGAAUCACAGCCAGGAUCCACAAUGAAAUACAAAGAGGAGACAAAUCACAGUCAAGUGGUCCUAGGCAGCAACAUGGAAUUUCUGUUCAAUGUGAGUUACGAAUAUUGUGGUAAAUCUUUUGAAAAAAGCAUUCAGAACACUGGGCAACUGCAGUGGUGUAGCUGGAUAGCAAUUGCGAGCUUUUACAAUACCCUGACAGAGUGCUCGGAAAUUAUAAUGGAGUACUAUGGAUCCUAUUGGCCAAAUGAAGCUGGUGAAAAGUUACUAAUUCUGAUGCACAAUCAUUACUUUAAGGACUGCGUCUUGGAAGAGGUUCCCACUCUGAGCGACCCUCCCGAAAACAUUGUGCUCGGCCUGAUCAUGGUUCCAAUCAGCAUCAUUCCCAUCAUUGUAACGCUGGUCGUCUGGUGCAACAAAAACACUGAGGCUAAUGCCAAAAAGUAGAUGCAGAUAUUACAUUUAAUUCUGCUUAUAGUUCACUUUAUCCUUCUGAACCCCUGCUUUCCCUUCUCAUAUGCAACCCAUAAAUAUUUCCUGCGGCAAUUGCUGCUCUAACACGUUUCUCUGUUCAAUUAAAUUGUCCCUCCAUCCCCUCAAACAUUCUGCAGCAUUUCAGCAGAACCCACUUUCUGCAAACUCUGAUCCUGGGAAAUGUUCACUGCUGACUUGGGCUCACAAUCCAUAAUCUCAACAGCCAGCUUUAUGUCUCUAUCCCCUCUCUCAACCUCAUACUCUUUAUCCAAUGUCCAUUCUUUGAUGCACUGUAAUUUUGUCUAAUUCAAUAUCAAAAAAAUAGAAUUCAUUGACUUCAGUCCCUCACUGACUUAAACUCUGUGACCUGAUCACCAACUCCAAUCCUCCCCAACCUCUGCCUUGGGCUGACCAAACUCUUUUGUCUGCCUUUGAGUUUAGCUCCUGUUUACACAUUAACUCCACCGCUGUAAAUGCCUAUUUUCACUACCUUACCACCACUGGCCUCCACCCCAGCCUCUGCUCAUCCUCAUCAAUAAUCUAUGUUCCCUCAAGACCUGACUAUUCCAAUGUGGCCAGACUCACAUUGUCCAUCCUCCAUAAACCUAACUUUACCCAAUCUUCUGCACAGUCACACCAGGUCCUAUUUAUCCAUCUUGUCUGUGUUUACUGAUUUAUGCUGAACAAGCUCUUGGUCCUUGAGGUAUAAAAUUUUGUCAAAUUGUGUUUAAAUCUCUCCAUGGCAUCAUCCUCACGUCUCCAUCAGGUCCUGCCACCCUAUAGCCAUAACCAGCUGCCUUAACACAAAAACCUUUGAGCAGAUGGCCUUUGGUUUACUUCCCUGUACUUUGUUCCUUAUUCCUUCUCAACCUGAAAAUUGAAAAACUCCCGUGAAUUUAAUUGACUCCUUCACCUCCUUCUCUUUGAUUAAGCAGCAUGUCCCAUUCUUUGGAUCUUUGUUUGUUUUUUUAAUUUCUCACUCUGUAGCACAUUAGGCUUUUAAUUAAAGAUGCUAUAUAAAUUCAA